AUGGCGGAGCCCCAGGCCGAGUCCGAGCCCCUUUUGGGCCGGGCCCGCGGCCACGACUGUCCGGCGGCGGAGGUGGCGAGGGCUGCGGUGGCCACCUGCCGCAGCGCCCAGGUCAGAGGGGCCAAGGGACCCUAUUCAGGCUGGGUCAGAGGAGGGGCGCCGGGUCCUGCCGACCUACCUAGCCGGGGAGCGGACUUCGACACCCAGGACCACCCUUUCCAGAACCCCGGGCCACGUGCUGUCCCCGGGAUGACCCCUGGAAGUGGACUAAAUCGCCCAGUCCCUGGGUUCUCAGGUACAGACGAGGAAACAGGUCCACAGAGGACCCCAGAUGAGCGCACCAAGGCGGGUCAGGAGCUCUGCAUCGAUCAGGCCGUGGUCUUCAUCGAGGAUGCCAUCAAGUACCGCUCCAUCAAUCACCGCAUGGACGCCAGCGCCAUGUGGUUGUACCGGUGGUAUUACUCCAGCUCCUGCCAGCGGAUUCUGAGCUUCACCAUUUUCUUGAUCCUGUCUCUGGCUUUUGUGGAGACCCCAUCCUCACUCACCAGCUCUUCGGAUGUCCGGUUCCGCAUCGCUGCCUGGGAGCCACCCUGCGGCCUGACAGAGAGCGUGGAGCUGCUCUGCCUGCUGGUCUUUGUGGCCGAUGUCUCCGUGAAGAGCUACUUGGUCGGGUGGUCCCAGUACCGGAACAACCCUUGGCUGCUGGCCUACUUCGUUGUGCUGGGGGUGUCCCUGACCGACUGGAUCGUGUCCCUGAGCCUCAUUUGUUGGGAGACGGUUCGGAUCCGCCGGCUCCUGCGGCCUUUCUUCCUGCUUCAGAACUCGUCCAUGAUGAAGAAGACCCUCAAGUGCAUCCGGUCAACGCUGCCCCAGAUGGCCAGUGUGGCUCUGCUGCUGGCGUUGCACCUCUGCCUUUUCACGACAUUCGGGAUGCUGCUGUUCACCGGAGAGAAGGAGGACCAGUUGAGAAAAGAAAGGCUGACGUAUUUCCGCAACCUGCCUGAGGCCCUGACCUCCCUCCUUGUGCUGCUGACCACCGCCAACAACCCCGAUGUGAUGAUGCCGGCUUACUCCAAGAACCGGGCUUACUCCAUCUUCUUCAUCCUCUUCACCGUGAUAGGCAGCUUGUUCCUGAUGAACCUGCUGACGGCCAUCAUCUACAACCAAUUCCGGGGCUACCUGAUGCUCUCUCUUCAGACGUCACUCUUCCGGAGGCGGCUGGGCACCAGGGCUGCCUACGAAGUUCUCACCUCCCUGGAGGGGGGGAAGGAGGACCACCUUCAGGCGGCUGGGGUGAGGCCCGAGACCUUCCUGCGAGCAUUGCAGAAAAUCCACAUGGCCUCGCAUUGCAGGCAGGCCAUCAUGCAGAAGGUUCUUUCCCAGGGUGACCGUCUGCUGUCGGCCGACGAGUUCCAGAAACUCUUCAAUGAGGUGGACAAGCGGGUGAUUAAAGAGCACCCCCCACGGCCCGAAUACCGCUCUCCGUUUCUGCGGAGCGCCCAGUUCCUCUUUGGCCACUACUACUUCGACUACCUGGGGACCCUCAUCGCCCUGGGAAACCUGGUGUCCAUCUGUGUGUUCCUGGUGCUGGACUCGGACCUGGUGCCCGAUGAUCGUGAUGACUUUCUCCUGGGGAUCCUCAACGCCGUCUUCAUCCUGUACUACCAAGUGGAGAUGCUGCUCAAGAUCUUCGCCCUGGGCCUGUGGGGCUACCUGUCCCACCUCAGCAACCUCUUCGAUGGUUUCCUCACCUUAGUCCUGUUGGGUUUGGAGAUCGCCACCUUGUCUGUGUACCGUUUCCCACACUCAGGCUGGAAGCCGCACACAGUGGGCCCCAUGUCCCUGUGGAAUAUGACACGGCUGGUGAACAUACUCAUUGUCUUCCGGUUCCUGCGCAUCAUCCCCAACAUUAAGAUGAUGGCUGUGGUGGCAAACACGCUCCUGGACCUGGUCAGGAACAUGCGGGCUUUUGCUGGCAUCCUGGUGGUGGUGUAUUACAUCUUUGCCAUCAUUGGCAUCAACUUGUUCCAGGGCGUGGUCGUGGCUCCCCCUGGAAACGGCAGCCUGGCCCCCAAUGGCUCAGAGUCCUGCGGGAGCUUCGAACAGCUAGAGUACUGGUCCAACAACUUUGACGACUUUGCGGCCGCCUUGAUCACUCUGUGGAAUGUGAUGGUGGUAAACAACUGGCAGGUGUUCAUGGACGCUUACCGGCGCUACUCGGGCCCGUGGUCCAAGCUUUACUUCGUGGCCUGGUGGCUGGUGUCGUCUGUCAUCUGGGUCAACCUGUUCCUGGCUCUGAUUCUCGAGAACUUUAUCCACAAGUGGGACCGCCGUGAUCAGCACCCGCAUUCGCUCGGGACCCCCGAGGCUUCCUACCACUCCACCGUGGAACUCAUGUUCAGGGACGUCCUGGAAGAGCCUGCAGAAGACGACCUGCUGGAGAAACUGCGGCGUCACCCCCACCUACAGCUGUGCAGGUGA